AUGUAUCGCUUCUCGGCAGAACUUACGGCUCAAACUCGACACCUCCGCGCAGUCAUAACUGCGGCUGAUUUCAGCCGUGGUUCUGCGGUGGUGAAAAAGGCUAUGAACUUUGAGUCUGAGAGUUGCCAUGGCUGGACGCAGUCCUAUGCCAUGCUCCACCUCUGCAAGGGACUCCAUGUUUCUCAGAGCGAAUCGACGUUGAGCCCCUCCGGCAGCAGCAGUUGCUCCAGUACCCCACCCAGGAGCAACAGUAAGCCCCUGCCAGUUUUGAGAGACUACGGCUCGGUCCGACACACAGAGCUUUGGAAGUGGCUCUGGUUGGACUUUUCCAGACCCGUGUCCUCUGAGGCGGCCUUGGGGUAUGAUUUCUGUCCCUCGGCUGAUCCGGAAGAACAUGCAACAGUGCAGCAGGACGACAAGCGGAGCCAUUUGGACCUGGAAGCUCUAGAGCCAAUUUGCGAGACGGCGGUUGGCCUUUCGCAAAGCAACUCAUCCUUGUUCAAAGAAGGAUCGCAGAGUGCCGCUGUCUUCACUUUGGUAUCUUCAGCCAUGGGCGCUGGAUGCUUAUCGCUGCCCUUCAUGCUGAAGACGGCAGGUAUCAUUCCAGGUCUGCUGAUGCUUUUCCUUGGCGCUGUAUUGGCCCACCUUUCCUUGGUUGUCUUGAUGAGCUGUUCACGCUAUACCGAAUCAGACAGUUUCUCGAAGCUCGUCGCUCUCACGGGCACCAAGCGCACUGCGCGCACGGGCGGUGCCAGCCGAUCCGUGGAUGUGGUCAUCGCAGUGUAUGGGAUUGCAGCAGUUUUGUGCUACCUCAUGUUCAUUGGGGACUUCUUUCUCGGCAUUGUACAGUCACCCCUGCUGCAAUUGAACCUGUCCAGAGAAACCUUGAUCGUCAUCAUCUCGGUUCUCGUGGUGUGGCCACUCUCCUUACCUCGCGAUCUCUCGGCCCUGCGACAUGUUUGUGUCCUGAGUGUCCUCGCCAUUUGCCUCACCGCAGUGGCUGUGGCCCUCAAAGCUCCCAGCUACGCUCAUAUCGGGAGCCUCCAGGCCCCGGAAGCCGACUGGCAGUUGGUCUGGUGGAAAUCCGACCCGUACGCCAUGCUUCAGUCCUUCAGCAUCGCCCUGUUCUCCUUUGCCGCCCACACCAAUGCAGUGCCGGUGGCCACUUCCCUGAAGGCGGCGGAUGGCGCAAGCAUUUGGCGAGCAACUGGGAACAAAAACACUGGGAGUUGA